CCUUCUUUUGGACUUCUCCGACCAAUGUGGCUCCUUGGAUCAACCUCCCAAGUGAUGAUGAUGAUGGAUGAGCGCCUGUCUCCCUCCGCACGCUCCGUCCAGAGCCCGGGGGACACCACGUCCACUGUCCACAGCAUAGAGGCGAUACUGGGAUUUAAGGAGGACACCCUCUUCCACAAAUCGGCCUGUUACACUAUGACAGAGAAAGUCAAAGAUGCAGAGCGGAAUGUUAUCAUGACCCCACUGAAGAAAAGCCAUUCAUCAGAAAGUUUUGACAGUGUGUGUUGCUCCGGCGGAGCGGCUGAAGCCUCGGUGUGCCCGGACUCACCGGACAGAGACGGAAAACUGUCCGAUGAUGACAACCCCAAAAAGAAACACCGUCGUAACCGGACGACGUUCACCACUUUCCAGCUCCACGAACUUGAGAGAGCUUUUGAAAAAUCCCAUUACCCGGAUGUGUACAGCAGGGAGGAGCUGGCGCUGAAGGUCAACCUGCCGGAGGUCCGAGUCCAGGUUUGGUUUCAAAACAGACGGGCCAAGUGGCGUCGGCAGGAGAAGCUGGAGGUGAGCUCCAUUAAGCUCCAGGACACCUCCUCCUCCUCCUUGCUCUCCUUCAGCCGCUCUCCCAGCAGCUCCCUGGGCUCCAGUCUGCAGCUGGACCCCUGGCUCUCCACCCCGAUCACCACCUCCACCUCCCUGCAGUCCCUCCCGGGCUUCAUCACAGGUCCGCAGGGCCUCCCGGGUGCUUACACCCCUUCUCCUCCACCUUCCAUGCCCUCCUCCUUGUCAGCCUCCUUCCUCAGCUCCCCGGCCCUGGGACACAGCUCUCACCUACCCCACAUGGGCUCAAUGUGCCCCCCGCCCCCGGCGUACCACUGCUCGUCUGACCCAAGGAACUCCAGUAUUGCCUCACUGAGGAUGAAGGCCAAGGAACAUAUUCAGUCUAUUGGGAAGACGUGGUGAUGCUGAGCGGAGGUUAAAAAAUGGACAUCAAAACCCAGAAUGCAACAUGCUGCAUCUUUUUGAGAAACUGACUUCAUCCUCAUGCUGAUGGGAUUGUUACUUUGGAAGUUUUUAAGAGUGAAAUCUACAGUUGACAUCCAGGAUUAGAGACAUCCUCGUCACUAACAAGGGUAACACUUUACUUUUCCUUAUUUAGCAUUCAUAAGCAGUACAUAAACAUUAAAUAGUUUAUAAUGCACUAUACUUAAGUGUUAAUUAGAGAUUUGUCAACAACUUGACCUGGACAAUUCCAUAUGUCUUCAUAGGAGAAGAUAUAGUUGUUAACAAAUAUUGUAUGUUAAUAAAAACUUCAUAAAAAUAUAGAAAUACAUAAAAUUACCUUAUCUGAUCACCACAACAUUAUGAUUUGUUCGUAUGCUGCUUAUAAAUGCUCAAUAAGACUUAAAGUAACCCUUAUAAACAACAUCUGAGAGUCUUUGACACUAACUGUGAAAUUUCUGUAAAAUAUGAAACUAACAACCCAAAUGAGCCGGUCUUUUUUCUUCUCCUUUAUCGUCUCUGCAAGUUGUGUUUACUGUAAAUUUCUCUGCAUUCGUUCAGCCCUGUCUCAUUGUGAUCCAGUUUUAUGUUGCCAAUAUAACAAGUCCAUUACAACUCAUCAGUAUUUAUUCUACUUUUGUAAAUGGAGCACUCCUCAUUUUGAUUAAUCCGCCUCUUUCUUGCUGCUGUUUGAUCUUCGUCAUGAAAGAUUUAACGAAUGUGAAUAUUUUGUCUACACAAUAAACUUUAUAUG